AUGUCUGGUGCAUCGCCGGGACUUCAGAAUGAAGCCGCAGAGUUGACUUCAGCUGACACUCACGCUGCAGCAGCGGCUUCCCCGGAAGUGGCUGCUGCUGCUGCUGCAGCAGCAGCGACCAGCUGCUCGGAGCAACAGCAGCCAGCUGCCGGCGCUGCUGCUGCUGCUGCUGCAGAAGCAGCAGCAGCGGACUCCUUCGCGGAAGAGGAUUUCGCAGCAGCUUCGCUUGCUGCUGCUGCUCUGCACCUCGAGAUACCCCCCAAUGCAUGCGCCGAAGACGAAUUCGGUUUUGCUGCUGCAUGCGACGACUCUGGGGGCUUUUGCGUAGACGAUGAAGACGCUGCUGCUCCCGAGCAGCAGCAGCAGCAGCAGCAGGAACUAGAGCAGCAGCUGCUGCAGCCCACCGACUGCGGGGCCCAGCAAAACGAAGAACACUCACUGGCGCUCUUUGGCUCUGCAGCAGAGGAGGGGCCAGCGGCCUUUUCUGCUGCCCACGAGCCCCCUCAGCAGCAGCAGCAGCAGCAGCAGCAGCAGCAGCAGCAGGAGGUAGUAGAGUGCGGAGGCCCCGCUUGUGACAGUGAAGAGCUGGCUGCGGUGUUGGACGAGGAGGAGAGGGGAGUUUGCGGAGAGUCUUCGGAAUUAAAGGAAUUAAAUAAAUCUGGAAAUGAAUUAAUAUUAAAAAAUGAAAAGCAAGGAGGAGGCCCUGGGGCGGGGGAGAGCGGGUGUAUGUACAGCUCGCUGCUGUGGGGCGGGGGCGCAGCAGCAGCAGCAGCAGCAGCAGCGCGGGGCGGGCGCGGCGCUGCAGCAGGCUGGUGCUCGCAGCAGCAAGCAGCAGCAAACUACUGCCUGCAGGAGCAGCUGCUGCGGGGCGAAGCAGCAGCAGGAAGGCUGCAGGUGCGGCAGCAGCAAAACCCCCACGGGGGGGCCUUCAAGCCCAUGCGGCUGUACGCUGUUAAGGAGCUGGAGGCCUUAGCAGCAAGGGUUUGGGGGUCUUUGGAAGCAGCAAUUGCGGAGAGAGAAAGGAGAAUAGAGGAGAGGUGGAAGCGGAAGAAGAGCAGCAGCAAACAGCUGCUGCUGCUCCCCAAAAAAAGCUGCAAAACGAACCCCAAAAGUCCCGCCCAGACCCGCGACUUUGCGCAGCAGCUGUCUGUACACCCCGUGCAUGCGCAGCCGCCCCCCGAAGUCGAGUGGGAGGAAAUUUAA